AUGCGAAAGAAAAUAGAGAAAACAAAAAAAAGUAUCCGCUCUCAUUUAUCUUUAGAACCUUGGACUGAUUAUGAAGACACCCAGGUAAUGUAAUUGGUCGAAUAAUACGGUCCUCAUAAGUGGACAUUUAUAGCCUCCAAAUUACCAGGAAGGAUUGGAAAAUAAUGCAGAGAGAGGUAUUGGUUUUUUUGAUUGUCUUUAGAUGGCAUAAUCACCUAAAUCCUUUGAUUAAAAAGACUCCUUGGGAUUUAAGUGAGGAAUGGCUGCUUUUCUUAUAUCAUAAAGCGAUUAGCAAUAAAUGGGCAGAAAUCGCUAAACAUUUAGAAGGAAGAACAGACAAUGCCAUUAAAAAUCAUUGGAAUUCUGGAAUGAAAAAAAGGAUCCCAGAAUUCACACAUAAAUUAUUAGGCAUCAAAUAGUAGUUUCUCUAAAAAGGGUUGUAUCUAUUAAUUUUAUGAAGGAAGACCUUCCUAUUUUGAGCAAUUUGAGAUUGAGUUUGAAAGGAAAGCUUUGGAAAUCAUCUUUCUCAACAAAACCUAUGUGAGUUUACUCACUGAUUCUGAAGACGAAGAAGAGGAACAACCAAAAUAAUAACCAAUCUAAUAAAGCAGAGAAAGUACUGCAAUUAGAAUUUAAUAAUAUGUAGAUAAUAAUUAAUAUCUUAUAGAAUGAUAUGAGAAAUAGAACUAUUAUUAAGCAUCCCAGAAGAAAUAGAAUGCAUAAAAAAUAUCUGCUUUUUAAGAAGUAAUAGAAGGAAAACAAUAAUUCAAACAAAGAGAAUUUUCUGUAAUGGACACACACUCCUUAAAAAUAUGAAAAGUAAGUCUCUGUCUUAUUCUAGUGAUGAUUAUUAUUACACACCAGCUGCAUUCAAUAAACAAAGGAGAAUGAGUCAUAGUAGUUUUAAGUAUAGUUAACAUCAAAGCUAUGUAAAUGAGAGAAUAUAACAAUAGUAUAACGAUUCCUACAUAGAAAGGGAGGAAUUAAAGUAGAAUUUAUUCCUUUGA